AUGGCUCGCCGCAAGCAGAAGUGGAUCGAGGACGACGGCUCCGACUCGUCCUCCGCAUCCGACGUCGACGACGACCCCUCGCUCGACAUCAACGAUCCGGACAUUGCAGCCGAGCGAGAGCUCUUUGCGAACCCGUAUGGCAGACGCGGGAAGAAGCGGACUCGCGAAGAGGCGCAGGAAGACGCGACGUACGGCAUCUGGGCGCAGGGAGAUGAGGAGCCCAGGGGCGGCGGCAGCGGGAUUGGCAGUUCACGAGGCGGAAGAACGAAGAAGACGGACUAUCUCAAGGGCCAGACGUUCGUUGCUGCCGGCGCGUCUGCCAAGUCGGGCGAUCGAGACGCCCCCGUCGACAAUUUAGCUACCGCUCUCGCCAUCGAAGCGGCCCGCUCGGACGAGGAAGACGUAGCGAUGGAGCUAGGAGGGGAUUCUUCAGCGGACGAGGAUGGCGGUGGAAGCGUCAUGAGUGCGGAAGAUAUCGUCUCCCGACAGAUCGAGGAGGAGGCGGAAGCGAGGGGCGAAGACGAGGAGGACCUGCCGCCCGUCCCCGGCCUCGCUGGCCCACGAUCGCCUUCUCCGCCCGUAGUCGACGAACCUCCCGCUUCGGCACUCGCAUUCGCCCCUCGAGGAUUCGGCGCACGAAGAGGUGGCAUUGGAUCAGGCGCAGGGAUCGGUGCACGAGGAGGGAUCGGUGCAAGAGGAGGGAUUGGCGCCAAACCGCUGGCUUUCGCCGCUGCGACGGCUGCGUCCGACUCGUCCGCUCCAGCGAGCGGCGCAGCUUCGCCUAUGGAGCGAGCGUCGACGCCUCAUGCGGGACUCGGUGCUCGCGGCGGGAUCGGCUCAGGCCCCUCAGCAGGCCAAGGACGCGGCGGUAUCGGCGCGAGACCUCACCAGUCCCUCGUCGACACGCUGCGCGCCGAACUCGCAGGUCCUGCGCCCUCUUCACCGUCAGAAACCGUCACUGAGUCGCUCCCCAACUCUGCCGACGCAUCACGAACCGCCUCUCCCGCACCUCACUCCGUCUCUCCCGCACCAGCCGGUCCGUCCGCCGCUUCCGACUCGCACGAACGUCGCUCUUUCUUCCCAUCUGCACCGAAAUCGUCGUUCGCCUCAAAGCCAAAGGCCAAGCUAUCCGCUUCUGAAGCGAAGCACUUUGCGUCGCUCUCCGCCUCCGGGUCGAUCGGUAUGAAACUGUUGGAGAAGAUGGGAUGGCAGAGCGGAAGCGGUUUGGGAAAGGAAGGACAGGGUAUUGUGACGCCUGUUGGCGAGGGUCAGAAGAUUCGGAGGAAGGGCGAGGGUAUCAAGAGCGGAGAGCGGAGCAAGGGCGCGUUGCUGGAGGAGCGGCGACGGAAGGGCGGAGAUGUCGACGAGGAUGAAGGGGGCGCGGCGACCUCAGCCGCAGCAGCCGCAUCGAAGAAGCACGCCGCGCACGCCUCAGCUUGGCAAUCGGCCAAGCCGAAGAAGGAGAAGAAACAGAAGACGCAGUACAAGACCUACGAGGAGAUCGUCGCCGAGUCGGGUACGCAGGAGGGCGACGGCUUCCAGCAGGAGCUGCUCGUCGACUUGACCGGUCAAGCACUUCCGAAUCAGUCCCUUUCGUCACUUCCCGCGUUCGGCGCCGCCUCCGCGGACCCUACUCGACUUCCCGAACUCCGACAUAACCUCACCCUGCUCUGCUCGACGCUCUCUUCGUCUCUCAAGUCACUCGCUCGCGAAGGCGCCGGUGUUGAGCAACGCCGAGCAUACCUCGCGAAGGAAGAAGCGCGAGUCCGGCAGCUCGUCGAGGCGCAGGAGCGCAAGAUUGAGCGGCUGAAGGAGGUCAUGCAGUGUGUCGAGCGGGUCAGGCAGAAGGAGGGAGAAGCAUUCGAGUUGCUGCGCGCGCUGCAGAGUCAGGAAGACACUGUUGCGCCCGAAGCAGUGCUCGGGCGGUACGAGGACGACUUCGACAGACUGCUGGGCGCCUUUUCGCAGGAGUACGAGGAGCUUGGGCUGGACGAAGUGGUCGUCGCCGCUAUUGCGCCAAUACUUCGACGGCUGUGGCAGUCGUGGGACCCGCUCAGCAAUCCCGCCUACACCGUAUCGCAGCUGAAGCGGUUCCGCAAGCUCUUCCUUAUCGACAAAAACGCCUUGCCGACUUUCAGCGCAUCGUCGACCGACCUAGACGUGUACGGCCAGCAGGCGAAGGCGGAGCACGAAGCCAAGGCGCGCAAGAGACAGUCGGAGCGGCAGAUGACGCCGUACGAGACGCUCAUGUGGACAGUCUGGUUGCCGAAGGUUCGAUCAGCCGUCAACAACGCCUGGUUGCCAUCCGAGCCUCAAGCAGCCGUCGAGCUGUACACUUCUUGGCUUCCUCUCCUCCCUUCCUUCCUCCGCGACAACAUCCUCGACCAGCUCGUCCUCCCCAAACUGUCCGCCGCAAUCGCCGACUGGUCACCAUCCGCCUUCAAGCGCGGCUCAGCACCUGCUCUGCACACCCUCGUCUUUCCCUGGCUCGAGCAUGCGGGUCCGCGGAUGGACAUGGUUCUCGACGAGGCGAAGCGGAAGGUCCGCAGCUGGGUCAAGUCAUCUUGGCGCCCGAAGGAGGGCGUUCCGAAGGGACUGGAAGUCUGGAAGGACGCCUUCGCCAAGUCGGACUGGGACACGCUGCUCCUGAAGCAUGUCCUUCCUCAGCUUGGCUCUCUCGUACGGACGUCGCUCGUCAUCAACCCUCGUCAGCAGGAUCUCGGCCCCAUCGACGCCGUCCUCGCAUGGAAGCCGCUCUUGCGCAACUCGAUGCUGAGCCAGCUCAUCGAGGCGGAGUUCUUCCCGAAGUGGGGCGAGGCGUUGUGGCUGUGGUUGACGAGCGACGGGGUGAACCUGGAACAGGUGGCAGAGUGGUACUCGUGGUGGAAGUCCUACUUCCCCGACGACGUCGUUGCGCUGUCGGGAGUGUCGCGCGGCUUCCGCAAGGGUCUCGACUUGAUGAACCAAGCGAUGGCGCUCGGCGAGGAUGUCAAGUACAGGCUCAAGAAGCCCGACUUCACGCCCAAGCACGCUGGGCCCUCGACGCCGUCCGCUGGAUCCGCUGCCACCACGCCAAAGGCGACGACCUCUGCCCGGCGGCCGAUCUCGACGGCUCCUGCCCCGCCCGAGCCCGUCGACGACAUUUCCUUCCGUGCCGUCGUCGAGGAGAUCGUUUCGGCUGCCAACCUCGUCUUUCUGCCGACCGGCAAGGUCGCCCCGCAAGGCCAGGCGCUGUUCCGCGUCUCGAAGGGCAUCGAGGGCAAGGGCGGCGUGACGGUCUACCUCGAAGACGACGUCGUCUGGAUCGCCGAGAAGGGAGGGGAGUACAGUCCGAUCAGCGUCGACGAGAUGAUCAAGCGGGCGGGCGGAGCUCAGUAG